GAGGUCCGUGACUGCGGAAGUGCGCCGCGGCUCACAGACUCUCGCACUAGAGACACUUCCGCCAGCCACGAGUCCUUCCGGGGCGGGUGUCACCAUGGCGGCGGCCUUGGCUCGGCUCGGACUCCGCUCGGUCCAGCAGGUUCGGGUUCAGUUCUGCCCCUUCGAGAAGAACGUGGAAUCGACGAGGAUCUUCCUCCAGGCGGUGAGCAGCGAGAAGGUUCGCUGCACGAACCUCAACUGCUCAGUGAUUGCGGACGUGAGGCACGACGGCUCCGAGCCUUGCGUGGACGUGCUGUUCGGAGAUGGGCAUCGGUUGAUUAUGCGCGGCGCUCACCUGACCGCCCAGGAAAUGCUCACUGCUUUCGCCUCCCACAUCCAGGCUAGGGGCGCGGCGGCGAGUGGGGACAAGCCGAGCGCCAGUACCGGGCGCUGACAGCACGGAAGAGACCAGUCAACAGAUUUUAACCCAAGACUGCUGAGGACACUUAUUUAAGAAGAACUUAAUUACUCAUAUCACUAUCUGGAGGGCCACAGAACGCCAAAAAAAGAAAAGAGGCCUGUGACUACAAGCCUAACCGGUGUUUCUGGGACGAGGAAAGACGGGAGGGGUGCGGACAGAUUUGAAUUUAUUUCAGUUUCUUACCAUCACUCACUGCUUAACCCUUUUGAAUUUGGCUGCUUCUUCCACUACUCAAGGUACCUCUUACUCUUAUUAGAAAUGCUGUUUUCCCAGUCCUCAUCUUUCCAUUCCAGUCGCAUUUGCCGCUCUUUAUUCACUCCUUGUGGGACUUCUCUUCCUCUCGGGCCCCUUGUCUUCUCUUGACCAUAAAGGUGUACUGCUCUCCCUCUUAUUUUUGAGGUAUCUUGUCUUCUGUCAUGACUUGAACUAUCCUCUUGGGUAAAAUCCUAUAUUUCUGUUUGGCUCUAAUCUUAAGUUCUGUGCUAUAUAGUCAGGGUACCUACUACCAAUUUUCUCCAAAUUCCAGCAACACUUUUUGUCCAAAAUAAAACUGAUAAUCUUUGCGUGCUGUCUAUAGUGAUCCUUGAACAACGGCAGGUUUGAACUGCAGGGGUGCUCCUAUAUGCUUAUUUUUAAAAUAAAUACUACAUGAUCUGUGGUUGUUUGAAUCUGCAGUUGUGGAAUCAUGGAUGCUGACUGUAAAGUUAUCCCCCACUUCUCAACGCUGAAGGAGUGGAGCCCCUAACUCCCUUCCCCACCCCCACUGUUUUAGAGUCAACUGUACUUGCCUCUUCUUCUGAAUUCCUUAUUCCUUUAAAAGGCACUUAAUCUGCUUAACCUCUUGAGCUGGAAACCACAGCUUUAUCUCUGGUUCUGCCCUCUCCCUUUCCCUGCAUAUCCAGGCAGUAAGUUCAGAAUAUUUUGUAUUAAAAUCUCCUGAAAUGUUCUCUCCAUUCCCAUUCAUGCUCUUGUAUUACUGCUGUAUUUUCUCACCUGGUCUCCUUUUUUUCUAACCAUUUUCAUUCCUUAAUUUUAUCUUUCCAAAGCAUUGGUUUUAUGUCUUCCUACUACUUGUUUCUGGAGAAGGAAGUGGCAACCCACUCCAGUAUUCUUGCCUGGAGAAUUCCAUGGACAGAAGAGCCUGGUGGGCUACAGUCCAUGGGGUUACAAAGAGUUAAGACACGACUGAGUGACUAACUUUCACUACUUGUUUCAGAAAACAGUGCCUAAAGUGUUUUUCAUACUAGAUUAAGGCUGUGGAUCAUGAAGUUAAUUUAGGGGUUUAAAUCAGCCUUAAAAAAAAAUAGUAAAAUAGGAUAAAAAGUAUCAGAGUGCAUGGCACAUGGAGUGGGAAGUAUUCUUUAAGAAAUGUAACUUUUAAGCAUGUAAUCAUGAAUAUAGUUAUAUAAAGUGUGUGGAUGUGUUUUUAUUUGCAUGUACUUGGUUGCAGUAUAGAAUUAUUUCUUACCAUAGGUUGUAAGAAACAAUGCUUGAUAGCCCUGGUUUAGAGAAAAACUUAAGAAUGUUCAGCCAGGCAUUCAAGAAUCUCUGGACACGGGCUGCUAUGUACUUUGCCAAAUAUAUCCUCCUACCACAUUACUAUAGUACUUCUCUGCUUAAAUCAGUGAUAUUUUCAAAGGACUGGUUUUCUCCUCUCUCCCUUUAAAGAAAAACUAUUAGGAGACAAUCAAGUGUAGUAAAAACCAGAAUGCCUGGGAUUGAAAUCCUAAGCUUUUCCCUUAAGUAGCCAUGUAACUUUGGACACAUUACUUAGUCUCAGUGCCUAUUUCCUCAUUUGUAAAAUGGGGAUAAUAGUACCUACCUCGGAGAAGGCAAUGGCACCCCAGCCCAGUACUCUUGCCUGGGAAAUCCCACGGAGGAGCCUGGUGGGCUGCAGUCCAUGGGGUCGCUAAGAGUCCGACACGACUGAGCGACUUCACUUUCACUUUUCACUUUCAUGCAUUGGAGAAGGAAAUGGCAACCCACUCCAGUAUUCUUGCCUGGAGAAUCCCAGGGACGGGGGAGCCUGGUGGGCUGCCGUCUAUGGGGUCGCACAGAGUCAGACACGACUGAAGUGACUUAGCAGUAGCAGUACCUACCUCAUAGAACUGUUGAGAGGAUUAAGUGAAUUGAUAUCUGGGACUUCCCUAAUAGUCCAGUGAUUAAGACUCUGCGGCUUCCACUACAGAGGGCACUGGUUCAAUCCCUGGUCUAAGUAAGUAGAUGUCUGUAAACUGCCUAGAAUAUUGAGUGAGCAUAACAUAAGGAUGUAAGAGGCCUUAUGCUACAGGCCUCUGUAUAGUGAUGAAAGGAUACUGACUACCUAGAUUUGAGUUAUCCACCCCCAUGGUUAACCUCUUAUCUUUGACUAGAUUAACCACUCUGAUCUGUAAAAACACAGAUGGUUCAAACAUUGCUGUAAACAUGGAUUGAAUGCUGGCACUGUGCUUCUAGAUUGUGAACUUGAGGUUGGGAUUGUUUUCUCUGUGUGCCCAACAUUUUGCUUAGUGGCUGAUAUGCAGUGUGCAAUAAACGUGUUGAAUUUAUAGAUGUU